CACAGUCAAUUAAUUGAAACUUGUCCUUGUUGAUCUCGUAGCGAGUCACAAGCAACCUGUUAGAUUAUUUAUCCCAUUUUUCUCAUUGCCUUCUAAUUAUUAUCUAGGAAAGGUCAGAUUUUCUUUUUCCUUUGUUUUCUUUUUUCAUCCAUUAAUUAGGGACGGCUGUUGACACAUUCAUUAGCGGCGAACUAGUCUGAUUGCUGAGGUGAAUUGUAGUUGUCAGUUGUAAACGACAAGCGGAGUAACUCGUUCAUUCUGUGAGUAGGUAGGCUGGUAAUUAAUAUACGCGCAGCCAUCCUUUGUUGACACUAGCUGGAUCUAAGUCACAGCCAGCCGUUUGAGUGAAUUAAUAUUUCUUGGUUCGAUUUUUGCCAUGAUGACAUAAAGCUAAAACUUAUCUCCCUGUAUAUAGACAUAUAUUACCUAUAUAUACAAUAUAUAUAUAUUUUUUUUAAUAUACAAACCGGUCUGUGAGUAUAUAUAUAUGUACAUAUAUGUAGGUGAUUUCUGUUUAUAGUUGAAUAACAAUGCAUAUUUGUAUGUAUAUACGGAUGUAUUAUAUUUAAUAAGUGGUAAAGUGCAAGAGACGACACAGUUGAUCUCAGGUAUUCAUUCUCGGAGUACAUUAAAGAGCUUUCGUCUUCAGACAACCUGUUGAGAGAAUGGAAACUGCCACAAGCCAGGUACCAGGUGCUGAAUUAAGCAAAGAAAAUACCAGAAUAAUUGAAAAUGAAAUGAAAAAUUCAUUCCCUGCAAAUGAGGCAUCCUCAAACAGAAGGGAGAUGACACCGCUGAAGAAAGCCAAGGAAUUACUUGCAUCAAGCAAUGUGAAGUUGUCUGAACAAAUGCAAGGACUAAAAGUUAUCCUCGGAGUCACUAUCUCCUCUGGACUGAUAGUUACCAUCGCACUUAUUGUAAGCAUUUACCAAGGAGACCCCGAGGUUCUUCCUCAUGGUGGCUGUUCUACAGCAACUCCCCACUGUUCUGCGAUCUGCAUAGACACACUUAAAAAAGGUGGCAAUGCUGUCGAUGCUUCAAUUGCAGCUACAUUUUGUCUUGGGGUGGUGAACCCACAUCACUCCGGCAUUGGCGGUGGAGGUUUCAUGCUUGUUCAUAACCAUAAAACUAUGGAGAACACAGCUUUUGAUUUCCGGGAGACUGCACCAAGAGCUGCUAAUCCCAGCUUAUAUGAACAUAAUCCCAAAUUGUCAAUUAAGGGUCCAUAUUCUGUAGCUGUCCCAGGUGAAAUUAAAGGGAUGGAAGCUGCUCACAAAGCAUUUGGUCAAUUAUCUUGGUCCGAUCUUGUGAUGCCUGCUGUAAAAUUAGCUAGACAUGGUUUUGUUGCCUCGGAAAGUUUUGUUAAAAAUAUGGAGAUGGUGCAGGAUGGAAAUGCAGAGUUUCUUGCAUCAUUUUUUCCAAAUGGAAAGAUUCCAUCAGUGGGAGAAAUAAUUUACAGGAAAGAUCUUGCUAAUGCCCUGGAAACCAUAGCUAAUGAGGGGGCUGAUGCCUUCUAUAAUGGAUCCUUGUCCGAGGAAAUAGUCAAAGCUACAAAGAAAUUUAUUUCCUUAGAAGAUCUUCGUGAAUACAGUGUGAUCAAACGUGAUACUGUGAGCACAACAUAUGGCGAUCAUGCUGUCUUAUCCAUUGCUCCACCAUCAGGUGGUGUCGUUCUGCUGUCAAUUCUUAACAUCUUGAAUGGAUACCAUUUUGGACCUGCAGAUCAAUACUCAGCCAAGACGUACUUCAAAUUAAUUGAGGCAUUCAAGCAUGCAUAUGCCCAGCGGGGCAGUUUAGGAGACCCGUCUGACAGAGAAUUUCGGGAAAAAAUUAUGAACAGUACAAAUUAUUUCCUUAGUCAUGAAGCAGCAAAGACAAUUCGUGAGAAGAUCAACUCUAUGAACUACACCUCCGAUUAUAACAUUUCAAGAUACUUGCCUAGUUCUGUCUUUCGAGAAGACAAAGGAACGGCCCAUGUCUCUGUAAUAGACAAUGAUGAACUCAUGGUUUCAGUCACAACUACUAUCAACACAUGGUUUGGUUCACAUCUUCUCACAAAGUCUGGAAUACUUCUCAAUAAUGAAAUGGAUGAUUUCUCCACAUCAAAACAUUUGAACUUCUUUGAUAUUCCUCCCAGUCAGGUAAAUGACAUCAAACCUGGCAAACGGCCUCAGUCGUCAGUAGCUCCUGCAAUUGUCCAUUCUCUGAGCGCACCAUGUGACCUGCGUUUAACAAUUGGAGGAACCAACGGUAGUAAAAUACCCUCAGGUAUUGCUGAAGUUUUAAUCAAUAUACUGUCGUUUAAAAUGGAUCUGCAAACUGCAACAACUGUACCUCGACUUCAUAAUCAGUUAUUCACCAAUAUGACAGAAUAUGAAACAAAUUUCAAUGCAACUAUCGUUAAGGCUUUAUCCAGAAUGGGUCAAAAUAUGGUGAAGCAGAAGAAGCCAAUCAAUAUCGUUCAAUUUGUGGCCAAGAAUUACUCGGACAUUACAGCCAUAUCGGAUCAUCGUAAAGGAAACUAUUCAACAGUUUAUUAAAUAACCUCUUCUGGGAGACAAAAAUAAAACUGUGACAGGAUUCAAUAUCAGACAAUGGAGGAAGAUUUUACCAGAUGUUUCCACUGAAAUAUAUACUCACACACGUUUAUACAAGUAUACGGGGACCAUGCACAUAUCUCAAUGUAUAUGUACACACACGUAUACAAGACCAAGCAUAUAUCUCAAAUAUGUACAGAAACACAUACAUACGCACACAGACAAAUUUCUCUCACCUUUGGUUUGGUUCUUUUAAACUAUACAAAUUGCCAUGACAGGUAAAAAAUAUCAUUUUAAUAAUUGUUAUCUUCCUUUCUUUUAAUAUUUAAUGUUUCAUAAAUUGUUAUUAUUGCUUAUUAGUUAUUUUUAAGACGGCACCCACUACACUCUCUGAGUGGUUGGCGUUAGGAAGGGCAUCCAGCUGUAGAAACUCUGCCAAAUCCAAUUGGAGCCUGGUGUAGUCAUCUGGUUUCACCAGUCCUCAGUCAAAUCGUCCAACCCAUGCCAGAAUGGAAAGCGGACGUUAAACGACGAUGAUGAUGAUUUGGCAGGAUUGUUAGCACAUCAGGAAAAUGCUUUGAGGCAGUUCUUCCAGCCUAAUGCCCUGGGUUCAAAUGUCACUGACAUUAACUUUGUCUUUCAAUUCUUUUGCCUCAAUGUAACAGAAUAAAACCCACCCCACAAAAUUUCAGUUCUUGUGCUUCAUAAGUAGAAAGUUGUUUAUUAUUAUUAUUAUUAAGGUGGCAUGCUGGCAGAAUCGUUAGUAAGCCAAAUAAAUGGCGUAGUGGCUUUUCUUCUGGCUCUUUACAUUCUGAGUUCAAAUCCUGCCAAGGGUUUGAACUUUGCCAUUUAUCCUUUCGGAGUCGAUAAAAUAAAGUUCCAGUCAAGUACUGGAGUGGAUAUAAUCGACUUGCCCCUCCCCUCAAAAUUGCUGGUCUUCUUCCAAAAUUAAAAAGAAUUAUUAGUUUUUGUUAUUAUAGAAGGGCAGCAAUUUGGUGGAAUUAUUAGCAUUUCUUCCCGCUCUUAAUGUUCUGAGUUCAAAUUCUGCUGAGUUCAACUUUACCUUUCAUUCUCUUGGGGGUUAAUAAAAUAAAGUACCAGUGAAGGGGUCGAUAUAAUCACUUUGACAUCUCUCCUCAAAACUGCUGGCCUUGUACCAAAAUUCAGAAGAAUUUUUACCUUUUAUCAUUAAGAAAGAACAGAAUCAUUAGCAUGACAAACGAAAACACCUUGUCAUGUUCAGAGUUCAAAUCCUAUUGGGAUUUACUUUGCAUUUUUUCCCCUACACAGUUCAUAAACUAAGUACCAAUCUAGUACUAGGAUUAAUUAAAUCAACUAUACUCCUUCCUCUAGAGUUAAGGUCUUGUGCAAAGCACCAGACAAAAUGGUUUUAAAGAACCUCAGUUUGAAUUCAGAUUCCACCAAAAUCAACUUUGCUCUCUUUGAGCAGUUGAUUAGAUCAGUUCAUUCAAGUAAUGGCGUUGAUAUAAUUGCUUGCUUUCUCCAUCCAAAAUGAACGGCCUGGAGCCUAUAUGAAAAAUUAUCAACAUAUCUUAAUGUGAAUUGUUUCUAUGUCUACUUUUAUUCAGAUGCUGCUAUAUAUAUUAUAUUAUUAUUCCCCAUCUCACUGGGAACUUGUGUAUAAAUUUAUUUUGAAAUAUAAAACAGCAAUGUUUUUAAAUGCAAUUUUGAA